CCUCCAUCAGCACUUUCCUUUGUGGGAGCAGGGGUGCAGCUUUUAGUUGUCUGUUCGGCCCAUCCUAAUCCUCAGUCCCAGCCCAGUGACCAAAGCUCUACGGCCUGUGUUUGUCAUCCAGCACAGUGUCGAACUUCAUCGUUGUCUCUCUCUGCUCCAUGUCUAUUUGAGUUUUGUGGAGUCUGAUCAGCCCCCAUGAGGUGCACUCUUCCCUUUCUUACCCAGCUGUUCCCAUGUCACUUAUGACUGAACCUUGAAAGACGUACUUGACGGAUAGUCGCUGUGGCUGUUUUAGUGUUUAAGUGUGAGAGUCUGUUUUUGUGGAGUCUGUCAGCAUUCAUUUGAGACUAGUGAAGUGCUGAAGAAAAUGGCUUCCUUUAAGCUGGAUUUUCUGCCAGAGAUGAUGGUGGACCAUUGCCGUUUGAGUUCCAGCUCAGCAACCAAGAAGAUGAAUGGGUCUCUGGACCACCCAGACCAGCCCGACAUUGAUGCUAUAAAGAUGUUUGUGGGUCAGAUCCCCCGGAUGUGGUCAGAGGAUCAGCUGCGUGAGCUGUUUGAGCCCUAUGGUGCAGUUUAUGAAAUCAAUGUUCUUCGGGACAGGAGUCAGAACCCCCCACAGAGUAAAGGUUGUUGUUUUGUCACAUAUUACACCCGUAAAUCUGCAUUAGAAGCACAAAAUGCCCUUCACAACAUGAAGAUUCUUCCAGGGAUGCAUCAUCCCAUACAGAUGAAGCCUGCAGACAGUGAGAAAAACAAUGCGAUAGAAGACAGAAAGCUGUUUGUUGGAAUGGUUUCAAAGAAGUGCAAUGAGAACGACAUAAGGAUCAUGUUUUCUCCAUACGGCCAAAUUGAGGAGUGCCGCAUACUGAGAGGCCCUGACGGACUGAGCCGUGGGUGUGCCUUCGUCACAUUCACAGCGAGACAGAUGGCCCAGUCUGCCAUCAAAUCCAUGCACCAGUCACAGACCAUGGAGGGCUGUUCUUCUCCCGUUGUGGUAAAGUUUGCAGACACGCAGAAGGAUAAAGAACAGAAACGUAUCACCCAACAGCUGCAGCAACAGAUGCAACAGCUCAAUACUGCCUCCAUGUGGGGAAAUCUUACAGGACUGAACUCACUAGGGCCACAGUAUCUUGCACUUUAUUUGCAGCUUCUACAACAGUCUGCGUCCUCUGGAAAUGCACUCAACAAUCUCCAUCCAAUGUCAGGUCUGAAUGCCAUGCAGAAUUUGGCUGCAUUAGCGGCAGCAGCAAGUGCUACGCAGGCCACCCCCACAGGUAGCAGUGCUCUGACCACCUCCAGCUCCCCUCUCAGCGUCCUCACCAGCUCAGGUACGCUCUCCGGACAGCCUGCUCAAUCUGCCUGGGAUGCCUACAAGGCGGGUUCCUCUCCCACCUCCAGUACUAGUUCUUCUGUGAACCCCAUGGCGUCUUUAGGUGCUCUUCAGUCUCUUGCUGCGGGUGCUGGAGCAGGUCUCAACAUGAGUUCCCUAGCAAGCAUGGCUGCGCUGAAUGGUGGUCUGGGCAGCGGAGGUCUCUCGAACGGCUCGGGCAGUGCUAUGGAAGCUCUGACUCAGGCAGCCUAUUCUGGGAUCCAGCAAUAUGCCGCUGCUGCUCUUCCCAGCCUCUACAGUCAGAGUUUACUGUCCCAGCAGAACGUUAGUGCCGCUGGCAGCCAGAAGGAAGCAAGUCCCAAUCAGAGCGCGGGCCCCGAAGGAGCAAACUUGUUCAUCUACCAUCUGCCACAAGAGUUUGGUGAUCAGGAUUUGCUGCAGAUGUUUAUGCCUUUCGGCAAUGUUAUCUCUGCCAAGGUCUUUAUUGACAAACAGACCAACCUUAGCAAGUGUUUUGGCUUUGUUAGUUACGACAAUCCAGUUUCGUCCCAGGCGGCCAUUCAGUCAAUGAACGGUUUCCAGAUUGGAAUGAAGCGGCUGAAGGUGCAACUUAAACGAUCCAAAAAUGACAGCAAGCCAUACUGAGUGAUUUUACUCUCAAAUGGACUUGGUUUGAAAAUGUUUUUCUGGUAAGUGGAGUGUGACGUUGGAAAGUUAGAAUGACCCCACCCUCUCUUUAACACCCGCCUUUCCUAAUCCUCCUUUUACUUCUCUGGCCUUUCCUACAUCUUCUCUCUUAACCUUCAAAACAAAGACAACAUGCAAAUUGUUAAGAAUUUGUUCCAAGGAGUUAAUUUUUGUUUUCCACAUUUAUAUAUCUAAUUGUUUUGUUGAUCUUUUAUUUUCCUUUUUUUUUUUUUUUUUGGUGCCAUAUUACAAGUUUGCUGUGUAUAAAUCUUGCGUCAAAGGAUGUUGCACAAUGAAAGCCAGCCUGUGCGACUGCUUUCAGUCCCUUAGACUGUUGAUCACCACGGUCUGGCCCCUGUAGAUGUUCUCCUGUGUUUACGCUAGACUCUUUUAGUACAUUGGGACAGUGUAAUGCUGAUGCCUCCUACAAUGCUGCCUUUCUAGAAAAUAAAGGAGGCUUGCUGCAUCGGUGCAAAAGAUAAUCAGUCAGUCACCUGAAUAUUGUUUUGAGCAUCUGGAAGGUCAGGCUGCACUCCACUAGACUCCGUUUUCAUGGAUGCCUUUUUAUUUCAUUCAUGUAUUUAUUUCACUAAUUUAUUUAUUUAUUUUAAUGUAUCGGUGUCUUCACAAUGAGGGUGAUGUAACAUUGCUUCAAAGUCUGUUUUAUGUAUUCUGUUGGAGGGCUCAGCUAAAAACCGUAAUGUUGAUGCUUUCUGUUUGUUUUUAUUCACAUUCAUAUUUUUACAUUCUAAAAAGACAAACACUAAACAAGGGUAUUAUAUCCCAUGUGGUGGUUAAUCAUUCAGUAUUGGUAGUUUGCAGGAGAUGCUACACUUACUCUCAGGACAUUCUCACCAUUCUGUCAGACCAAAACUUCUCGCCCAUUAUUCUACUCACCUGGUACGUGAACAUUUCUAAAGAUCUGUAUGAAAUAAGUGCUUCAUUUCAGUUCACGAAUCCUUUCUUAAAGCCUCAAACAAAAACAAACCUUUUUUUGACCCAAGAUUUUUGCUGAAGAAUCGCAUGGUAGCACAUAUGGGUUUUAAAAUUCCAUUUGUAUAGAUUUUUUUUUUUUUAGCAUAGACACGAUCUACAACACAAUUUUUAUUUUGAUGGUCAUUUGAUACGUUAUCCUACGCCUCAAUUGAGGAGGUUGGCGUUGAAGCUUUUAGCAAUAUUUGUAUUCUGGAGAAGAGUGAGAGACGAUACUGCCAAGAAAAGAAAGAAGGAAGUUUGCAAUUGCUGAAUUCAUGGCCGCUUAAUUGUCAGAGUAAUUUGAACAGAAAUUUCCUAACUUUCGUGGCAAUUUGUGUUCAAUAAGUAUUUAAUCUCUGUGUUUGCAGGUGGUCUCUUGUACCCUGGUGUAUGGAGACUCGUCCUGCAAUCCUAUUCUAGUUUGUAAUUCUAAGUUACUCCAUGCAACUUGCUUCAGUUGACCAUGGCAGUAAAUAAGUGUUCAAAUCGUAAUCAAAUGUUAAUGCCAAUCUGAGUCCUGCAGGGUCAUGAGGUAAGAUUGUUUUUAUGGAAACUUGAGAAGAAAACAUUAUCCAGAUAGUGUAUAUUACUUAACUAUUAUGCCUUUUCUAUUUUUAUAGAGGUUUUAUAAUAUUGCCUAAAUAAUUUCUCUGAAUUAAAGCGGUUGUUUAAAAAAAAAAUCAACUCAAAAGAUUCAACAGUGUUUUUGUAGAAUCCUAUUGUGAAGUUGUGUGGAUAUAUUCACCGAUUGUUUAAACAACGGAUGUGUGGCCCUUUUCACUAGUUGUAGUGGCGUCUGUUUAGUUAAAAAAAUAUGAAAAUAAUACCAAGAGUAGUUUUUUUGGGGUUUUUUUUCUUUUUAAGUCUGAAGCAAAUCUACGGUUCAGUCUAAAGUUUAUACUUCGUGUAAUAUCUCUAAACUAAGUACAUAAUUUACAUGUGUUGUGACGAAUGCUGAAAUGUUAUGAUCAGAAGUCGUUUGUUUCAUUUCCUCACAACAUAACUUGAGCUCGGAGUGGCAGUUAGUGAAAAUCGUAAAUUGUAGAUUAUUUUCUUUUGUUUUGACAUUUACCUCACUAUUGUCGUCGCUGUUCGACACACUUGUAUUUAUUAACGGCGCUUUUUAUUUUCACUGAUAAAUUGCGAAUAAGCCAAUUCAUGUUAACCUCACUAUCUAUUUUCAACGAGUGCAGAUCUCAGUCCGGGUGAGGGAACGAGUGUGCCGCUGUCUGGCAACUUGUAUAGAGAUGCCGGUUUGAUCAGUUUGUUUCAUACGUUAGAGAUGCUUUAGACUGAACCCAGGUGUGAAGCCCCUCUUGAAGCGCUUAGAUGCGAGUGCAGGGAAUGUCCAGUCCCUGAUCUGUGCCUCUGUUCAAAUAAAAGCAGGAUUUACAUGCAUUACAAAACCAUUAAGUGGAAGAAAAAUGGGAGUGCAACACAUCACAAAUUUUGAACAAUCCAAAGAUUCUUGUGAACUUGUUCUAGGCAGGGAUUUUUGUUUGUUAGGCAGAAUUUUUUCAUAGUUUUGUUCCUUUUUUUUAAAUUUUUUUUUAUCCGGAUUGACUGGCGUUUGUGCAAAGAUCUGCGGAUUUGUGCGCCUUAAAACAGCUCACAAGUGCAGAGACGUUCCACUAAUGUGCCAAACACAUCGAGUCUUAAAUUUCUGUAUACGUUUAAUGAUGAUACUCUGUUACGCGCUCUGUGUCCCAUCAUGUUGUUGUCCUUCACAGAGUUCAAUGUAGCUAAAUUGUAUCCAUUUGUGUUUCCCAUGACGGGUGUUUUGUGAACAAGAACCAAUAUGAGCAGCUCCAAAUAUGCAUUAUUCCACAGUCCCUCACAAUUCAAAAGUGAAGCACAAAAUAAAAGGACUUUCACUGAAAGAGCUGAAACGUUGAAGCACAAUUUUUCUUUUUGUCUCCCUCUCUUCCCCUUGGUCUAAAAUCGAAAUGCGGUUGUGAGAAAUCGAACAUUUUCAUUUGAAAUGUUGCUGUCGAGGACAGUGUUGUCGUAGCUGUAGUAGGCAGGUUGUGUUGUCUCUCGGUGUUGUUGAUGUUUAAUGUUAUUCCCUUUGUUCACUAUUGGCAUGGUGCUUAUUCUUCCCACUUUUCUUCAUCGUUUCCUGUGUUGCAUUCAAUGUUUUGUGUUUAGAUGAUGUGUGCACCUUCGAAAGCCUCCUCCUCAUGCAAACAUAAUCAUUCAUGAUUUUCUUUUUCAUCCCCUUUCCUUUUUCCGUUGUGCUUUAACCUAGGUUUGUUAUUCGUUUUUUUUGUUUGUCUUUGUUCUAGAUAUCUUCGUACCCGUUUGUCAUCGUUUGCCUAGCAUGUCGAUGUGACGUCAAAAGUUCAUCGUCCAGUCCGUUGUCCUCUUCGCUUCUCUGACGCUUGAAAUUUCACACUUGACCUUUUUGUUAACUUUUGACGCUUAUUGAUUACUUAUUUUGUUUGUUCAUUUGUCAUUUGUGCUGCCAAUAGGGAGCGUUAGAAAGACUGCUAAAAGUGUAAAACGUUUCAUGAAAAUUGUUCUGAGCAAAGAGUCUAUUUUUCUAGAACGUACAAACACUAUAACCACUAGAUUUUUGCCGAAGCUUUUAAUUUUUCAGAUUUUGUUCUUUAUUGAUUUUUAUUGUUUUCCAGCAGUCUUCCUAGCGCUUCUGAUUGUACUCCUUUUUGGUUUUUGUUUUUCUUCUCAAAGCAGCCAUUCAGUUUAUAGAAUCACUUGUGUGUUCAAGUGUGGGUGUGUUUCCCUCUUUCUCUCACUUGUUAGUUCUAAACCUUUUAGAGGAUGUUUUCGUCACAUUUUGCUGAAAUCGAGGAUAAACUUUGUAAUUUUGUGUUAGGUUAGUUGGCAUGAUGUAAUUUUGGGAGUUUCUAUAAACAGAGUGACAUUACAAUAGACACUUGAAUUGCCUUUUUUUUCUUCUUUGUGUGUCGAGCCAACACAGGCACAUGUUUUUCAUUUCCUUAUUGUGUGAAAAUCAGGAUUAGUCUGAAAUAAUGCAUAGAAUGAGCAAAGUUGAAUAUCUUGUCACAGGUAAAUAUUAAGCAUGCAUGUUUUUUUGUAAGUGCACUGAAAUCCUCAGCAAAAUGUGAUCUAGUUCUGUUUCAAAAAUUCAAGAUGAAUAAAGUGGUGCCAAAAGUUUUGCAUGUUGCUGUUGGUUACAUUUACAGUAUGUUUCACAUCAUGCUUAUGGCUCGUGCUGCAAUGACAUGUGGUCUCAUUUUGAUGGUUUAAGAUUUAAAAAAACAAUACAGUGUGUGUUUAGGUUAUGGGUUAAAGUGAGUUUUAACAAUGUAUUGUUCUAAAAAUUGAAGUGGGUUUCAAAUGAGUCCUUAGAGAUAAAUUGUGCCUACAGCAGCAAAAACACAUGCUCUUCUUGAUGAUGUUCAGUUAAUGAAAAUGUGUUACGACCUUAUAGCUGGUCUGUUUUACAGAGCUUGCAAGCAUUUUCUUUUUUCUUUCCCAUUCUGACAUCUGUACAAGUUGUGACGUUCUGGACUGAUUGGUAGAGCUCAACUGCAGCUUUGCCCCCUUAGCCUUUAGUUCACAGGCAUAUCUCCACAAAUGAAGAGCUACAUUUGGAAGUUUAUUUUCUCUCUCUUUUUUGAAAAGAUGUAUUCUGACAGACUAAUCUAUUUGGGGGUUGAGGUGGUUGUUUUCUAUGUAGAUUUUAAGCUGCUGUUUUGUUAGUUUAAAUGUACUCUUUCCUGUGGGAUGUUUGUCAUUACUGGUACAGAGUGAUUGUAUUUAACAUUUAAGAUUUGUACAGAUUUUUCUACUUCAUAAGUUGUUUCACAAUGUAAAUCCCAGUAAGUAGAAGCAUGAAGACAGUAACACCAUGACCAAACUUCAACCUGUACAAAGUAACCAAAAUGCAAACACAAAUCAACUCCACAAAACAGCCUUUAAAUAAAGAUGUUUUUUUUAUUAGUUGUUUUGUCAUUUAAGUUGUGGUUUUCAUUGGAAGUGUAGAGAGUGCAGAAUUUAUUUAAUGUCUGAAACAAAUGUGUUGUAUAAGGUUGGUUAAGGAUUUCACGCUACUGUCUCUACAGAAAUAUAGCAAAAUUGACACCCAUGAAGCAGGCAUCUGGUCGUUUUUUUAGUUUGUGUGAUUAAACAGUUUGAAAACAUUCACACACAUUGUGUCUGAAUUCAUUUUUUCUGAAUUUAAAGAUGCCAGAAAUGUGAAUUCAAAUGUGACUUUAGAGUUUUUCAAUCACAUGACAAUUCAUGAUUUACUACUCAUUGUACUUUAAAUUAUUUAUCCUAGUCAGUACUAUAAAUAAAUAUGCAAUAGCUGCUGCUACAGUCAGAUUGGUUGUAAUUGGUUGAUUAUAUAUGCUAGCCAUAAACCAAUCAGACAAAUGCCAUUUUUGUUAAAGUCCUGUAUUCAGCAAACUCAAAAAGCAUGAAAAAGUUGAGAGCUUUCAACAAAUGAAAACAAUUAAAAGUGCCAUUUACCCUUUACUGCCUCCUCUGCAAUAUUACAUUAAUGAAGAACUGAGACAAUUCAAACUUUACACCUGGUAAUCUUUUUUUAAUGCACUUUUCUUUUUUAAAUCAUGGUACCAGCAGUUGUCACAUCAACAAGGUAGUCAUUGUUUAUAUGACAGAAGUUAGGGAGGCCAUAUGUUGAACUACACUGAAUGGCUCAAGUUCCACAUCAGUAGGUAGAAAUGAACUGAUUUACCAAA